AUAGUGUUACUUCAUAGUUUUCAUUUAUAAUAAAUAUAAUUUAGGGGGCAGCAAGAACAUUUUUCUGUGUUUUGUUGAGUUAAAAAAUUUCAGCUGCCACAGUAUUCUAAAAGUGCAAAAAUUGCGACAGCAGAUUUUUCAGUGCCAAAAAUACUUAAUGUAAAUUAUGAACAUUAAGUUCCCAUGCAUUCUUUUAUAAGCUCUUAUCAUGGAAGUGCGGAGCAGUUGAGAAACAAAGGGCCUGUGGACAAGGUUGGCAAUACUUAAUUGAACAUCAUACCCUGACCAGGUUGACAUGUCAUAGAUCAGUAACAACCUGUUUGUUGAAAAAAUUCACAUCAAUCUGAAAAAAAAAAUAUCAAGCACACACCUGCUGCUAAUAGAUUAUUUUUUAGUUUUAUUGCUUAGAUGGCUGGUAUAUCAUGUUGAAUUAUUUUUAAAAAAAACAAGAAUCAUUCAUACAGAGAUAGAUUUGGAAAAUUGGUUGAUUUCUUUUAGCUUUGUUGCAAAGGCAUAUUAAUUGUUUUUGUGCCACAAAAAAGAGCUAUAGUCCAACUUGUAAAAGUACCUCAAGAUCCCUUUAAUAAGGGGCUUUUAAUUACUGUGAAUUUUUAAAAUUUUUGUUAAUUUUGUGUCUAGUUAAUUUCCUGGUAGCUAAAACCUGAAAGAAUUCAACAGUCGGUCCCCACUAAAUGAAACCAUAGCAUUUUUACUGCAGUGUGAACCUAAUUUCACUUCAGUUUUUAUUAUCUUCAUCAAUAUGAAUCUUCGUCAUGAUUGUUACCUUUCAUUUCACUGCCAGUCAUGAGCUGAAAGAUUUUCUGUUUUGUAUUUCUGUAUUAUUAUUGUGUAUUAAGGAAUGUACUUGCGGUAAGGGAUUACUCAAAACAUAGAACUUAUAAAAUGGAACAUGGAAAAUUCCACAGUUAAUUCUCUAGGAGAAGGUUGUGUGGGUGAAUUGUCAUUUACAGUACAGUACUGGGAGUUUUUGUGUGUAUGAAGAUAUCAACAAUUUACAUAUACAUUGGCUGUAUAUGUAAAUUACUUUGAUAAUUUGAUUUUUCGUUCUUCAUUUCCGUGGCACACUUCCUAACCAUGGUGUCCCUGUUUACAGUUGUCACAUGAUGCAAAGGGAGCAAUCCUUGGGCUGGUUGUAAGCCAUCUUCUUGGAAGCACCCCAUCUCUUCACAGAAAAAGGAAAUUCGGGAUUUUAGCUGUGUUUCAGCGGGUCUUAAUAUGUUUUAUCCGGAGGUUUUAAAAUAUCGUCAUUACAAGGAUAGUCACAAAAAUCCACACCUAAAAUUUGAACAAAUAAACAAAACUGUUUCGGAACAUGCAAAAUACCUGGCAAACCUGGCAAAAAGCUUUAAGCAUGAGGGAGAUGAUAGGUACUGUAUGGUUGACACAUGUGUACAAUCAAUGCUGGAAAUGCAAGCGAUAAUACAUGAUAAUUAUCAAACAGAGAAAGAAAGUGAAAGAACUGCUGACAUCCUCAAAGAACUCAAAGACUUGAGAGGACAAAUGGCAUACAGGGAAGAAGGUUUGACACAUUUAAAGGAAAGAAACCAAACUCUGGAACAUGAGAAUGUUCAGCUAUCGCAUAGAGUGGAGGAACUAAUGACCAGGAUUUCUCAAAUGAUGAGCAGUCAAGAGGUGGACCGCAAAGACGCUCACGAGAAUUUAAUGGACAAAAACCGACCAAGCGCGAUUGCGCAAAGAUGCAGAUGUUUAUACCGGGAACAAUACGGUGAGAUAUCCGCUGAAAUGCAAGAAGUUGAUUACGAAGAAAAAUCCAUAGCCGAUAACCUCCUGAAGAUCUUUAUGAUGGCGAUAAAGAAGACGAAUAAAGAAGUGGAGAAGGCUAAAGAAGAAAUAUUUUCCAAACUGCAGGAUUUAUUUAAUAGCAAACCGUUUCAAGGAGCAAGUAAAAAGCGCGCCUUAUCGAAGCAUCUUGUAGAUGACGUAUGCAUGAUGUUGAGAGAAGUUCCAGACCCAGUUAUUAUCGAAAACUUACAAAAGGAAAUAUACAGCAGAUGUUUACAAGUUGCUAAUCGUGGGGAAAAUAUAAAGAGGCAUCUUGUGAACUACAUAAAUGAAUGUGUCGAGGUUGCUUGGCUGAUGAACGCCAGCAACCCUCCCAUGUUUGUUGCAGCCGAUGACUUCAAUUAUGGCCCAGAGAAGCAUUCAAAAUUCAGUGGGCAUGGAAGCCAAGUGCAAUACUAUCUAUGGCCAUGUCUGUAUUUUUCUGAGGACGUAUACAAGCAAAAUGGUAAUGUCAUGGCCAAAGGGGACGUCGUGUUGCAGUCUACGAAAAAGACAGCCUCAGCCUCGAAACAAGAAGAAAAGACAAAAGGCAAGCAAAUCAGUUCUGAAUCUAAGGAGCAAAGAGAAACAAGGGAGAAAGAACAACGUGAACGCGAGAAGCUUGAAGCGCAGGAGGCAAAGCAUUCCAGUCAGCAAGAUCCAAGGAACUUUCAACGGUCAAAUUCCAAAGAAAGAGAUCAUUACGCUUCUAAGGAGACUAAUUCUGCAUUCAACGCGGAAGAAGAACAACGAAAGCCCGUAACAAUUAAAGAAUUGACUGGUAACCAAGAAACAUUUAAAACUCAGAACAAGUCGGAGAAAAUUUCCAAUCGCGGUAAUAACGAUACUAACAAUCCAACUGUCGCGAGAAAUUCGUCAUCGUGUACACCUUACCAAGUCGUGCCACCUAUAAUAUCGCAACCAACAGUCCAGAUGCAUGUUCCAGGAAAGGUGUUACGAUACGAUAAUUUACCAAGUACUGGGCGCGUUGGUGCAUAUACCAGUAGUAAUAGAUCUAACCGAACAGCCCCCUACAGUGUGAAGAUUCCUUCAACAACCCCUAAGACAACCACGUCGUGUUUGCAAUCGCAAAACUGUGACAUCCCAGUGCCUCAUGCUACGAGUCCACGUUUAUACCCUCACCUUGACAUCCAGGAUGAGUCUCCUGAAUCACGACAUCGACGACUAGCGACGCUUGAGGCACAAGAAUUGGAACAUUGGAAUGAAAACCGAAAGGAGUCGUAUGUGGUUGUUGAGUCACCUCCUGCGGACGAGCAAAAUUCGUCCAAUACAUCAUAUGCAUCAGUUUCUUCUACGAGAGGUCGUGCAGAACCCAAGGUUACAAAUCAAAUUGUGACAAGAAGUAACAUGCAGCCGCGGAGCCCACGCUACUAGCUGAACUGUCAGCUAAAGAUUUCAAUGACAAUUUUACGAAGAACUUUUUACGUUCCGUUACGAGUUGGGUGUAGAAUAAACUUUCAGCUGUUUAUCUGACUUUUUUGGGAGUUGUUAUCGAACAGCAAUUUUAUAGUUAAAUGUAUAGUUUAAAUCCAAUUUUUUGUUGUUUUUUUACUUUUUACUGCUCAAGCGACUUGAAAUUCGCUUCUAUAUUCUUCUAAAAUCCAUUAUUCAUCCUGCAGGGCCGUUGAGUCCGCACAUGACAACCGACUAUCUCUCUUUCUCUCUCCAGCUAUUUUUUGCAAAGUAGAUAUUCUGUGAAAGUAAAUGUAAUCCCAGAUUAUUGAAAAAUAAAAAAAUGUAAAAAAAAGCUUUUUAGUUUUGUACAUUUUACAUUGGCUGACAAUGACAAACAUUGCUUUCGACUUUCCAUACAUAUUUUCAUCCAAAAAUAUAUUAUUAUACCGGGGAAAAAAACGAGAUAUCAAAUUCACGAAAGCACCAACAAUGUGAUUUGUCAAUUAACUUUCAAUUUGUGAAAUAUUUCGUUUGUUAAUUGUAGAACUUGUAAAUAAAAUCAUAUAUUUUAAUGUUUUUCUCACUUUAAUUUCCUUUUUUUCACGCUUUUUAUGUGUUUACACCCUUGAUAUUUCACUUCCUAAAUUGUAGUACACUCGUAAAUUCGAUAUUCCUGUGAUUUUUUAUUAUUUUGAAGAUGUUUUUAUAAAUCAUUUUUUUAUAUAACUUAAACAUAGUGGUUUAAGGUUAAUUUCUUUAGCCAGGUCGUUAGAGAUACUUGAUUUCCGCUAACCAUCUUUUGCUUUUUUAAUUUAAAGAUUUCGCGCACCCCUCUGCGCGAAAAUUAUUUGUGUGUUAAGAACAUAAAGUACGAUAUAAAUGUUGUAUAUACAUAUAAUACACAUUCUUUGUUAAAAUAAAUAUUCCUCUAAA